CACGCCGCUGACACCAGCAGCAACAGCCGAGAAGACAGCUGAAGAUUCACUGCAAACCAAAGCUGUACCAAACCGACAGAACUGAAGGGUGACGAGCGACCAGCCUAGUUACAGCUAUUCUUCAGAGGGCGAAGAACUUGCUGUAUUCCGAAUUACGCCACAGGUGGUUCAAAACAGGGCGCAAGAAACUUCAAAUAGAGAUUUUUUUUUCCUGAGAAAUAUUCAAUUAAACCAAACCGAAAAUGAAGUGCAUGCACCUUGCGGUCCUAGUCGUCCUCCUCGGCAUCUGCGUCCUUCACUGCACGGCUGUUCCCUACUCAGAGACGCUGAUGGAGGAGAAGGAGAAGAGCGACGCUCCAGUUGAGGACCGAACACAGACCGUCUCCACAGCAGAAGAAACGAGUCCCCUGGAGCUCCUCAGGGCGAAGCGGCAGAGCCACCUCUCCCUGUGCCGCUACUGCUGCAAGUGCUGCAAAGGUUACAAAGGCUGUGGAUACUGCUGCAGAUUCUAGGGAACCAAAUCCAGGAAGACUCGGGUUCGAAGAUAGAAUUUCACCAAGAACUUUAAAUUAUUUAACACAUUUUUAUUGUCAUUUUGACUCCUGAGGCCAAAG